GAGGGCAGAUGGUAAACUUUUCCAUGACCUAUUAUGACUAUAGAAGCUCGUUUCUGCUGGUGAUUCCGAACCUUAAUUCGCCGGAAAGCUAAACUGCAAAUAUAUAACGUUAUUCAUCAAUACAAACCUCCAACUUGGCGCUGAGACAUGUCAAGACAGAUGGGAGACAGCCAUCGACGGUUCCUACAGACCAUGAUGGCCAACGGCAUCGUUGAUGAGCAAGGGGCGACGACGCUCUAUCAAUAUUGUUGUGAAACCCACAACACACAGCAUGCCCCUGACAAGCUGGAUGAUUUCAUUGAUGCCAUCAACUUAAAGCUGCAGCCUUUGUUUAUGCAGAUCAGAAAAGGGAUGUCUGAAGACAACGGCCACCAGUUUUACGCAUUGGUGAACAUGGCUGAGACUGAUGUCACCAGAAUGUCUUCAGAUUACGCCGACAAUGAGCUAGAGUUGUUCAGGAAAACAAUGGACUUGAUUGUGGGCUCUGAGAACGGCAAGGCCUCGUCCACCGAGAUCCUGAACAGCGCCGACACCCUGACCACGAAAAAGCUGAAGAAGAGCGAAACGGAGCACCUUUUGAACCGACUCGUGCACGACAAAUGGCUCAGUGAGAAACGGGGUGAAUACACUUUGUCCACCAGAUGUAUUAUAGAGAUGGAGCCAUACAUUCGUACAAUGUAUCAAGAGCAAGUCAAAGUGUGCCACAUUUGUCACAGCAUCGCCUUCCAGUGCCAAAUGUGUGAGAAUCCUACUUGUGGAAUAAAAAUACACAACCCAUGUGUGGCCAGAUACUUCAAAGGAAGAGCAGAGCCGCGGUGUCCAGCUUGUGAUGACUUUUGGCCGCAUGAAAUCCCUGAAGUUUGACGACCUCGGUCUCAUUCCAGAAGAUGAGGAUUUAAGCAUCAACUUAUUGUUUAACUUGAUUUGUUUUUAAUGUAACUUUGUAGUAAACUAAACUAUAUUUAAAAGUAUUUCAUUCUCUUUGUUCUUUCUUGGUUAUUUUUGUAAAAAUAAAUGUGUUUCACUGUUUUUGUG